AUGACUUGCAAAUUGUUAAUAGUGGCGGCACUUGGUCGGCCUUUCAGCCUUGGGAUGUUGUACGACUGUCGCAGUGACUCUCUUGUCCCUGGAAUGACACUGUGGGACUGUAAUGACCUGGAAAAAGAUAGACGAGAACAAGAACAACCUAACACUGAAUCUGAAAUUGUUGCAUCUGAAUCAAUUGAGGACAAAUCUUCAGCAUUAAAUGUUGAGGCAUCCCUGAAGGCAAGUUUCUUGGGUGGACUGGUUGAGGUUGGAGGAUCAGCCAAAUACCUCAAUGAUCACAAGACAUCCAAAAAUCAGGCCAGAGUGACACUGAACUACAAAACUACAACAAAGUUCCAGGAACUGUCAAUGAAUCAUCUUGGAAGAGGCAACGUAAAACAUCCCUAUGUUUUUGAGCAAGGAAUAGCAACACAUGUAGUCACAGGUAUCCUUUAUGGGGCACAAGCUUUCUUUGUGUUUGACCGUGAGGUUUCUAAAGAGGAAACUCAUCAAGACAUCCAGGGCAGCUUGAAGGUGAUGAUCAAAAAGAUUCCCUUGCUUUCCAUAGAGGGUGAAGGUUCCCUGAAAAUGGAAGAUAAGGACAAAAAAAAUGUUGAGAAAUUCUCCUGCAGAUUCUAUGGAGACUUUCGCCUUCAGAAACCUCCAACAACAUUUCAGGAAGCUGUAGAAGUCUACAAAAGCCUUCCAACAUUACUAGGAACCAAUGGCGAAAAGGCCGUACCAAUGAAGGUCUGGCUGUUACCUUUGACCAGUUUAGAUUCUUCUGCUGCUAAACUCGUCCGUCAGAUAAGUAUAAGAUUAGUCCAGGAAUCACAGAGCGUCCUGGAGGACUUCAGUGAACUGGAAAUGAGGUGUAACGAUGCACUGAGAUCUUCCACUGUGCAACAGUUCCCACAGAUUAGCAAAAAACUGAAAAGUUUUAAAGAAAUGUGUUCAGAGUUCAAGCUGGAAUUUCAGCGGAUGUUAGCGAAGAGACUACCAUCAAUCAGAGGAGGAGGAGAAGAGGAGGCUGAACUCGCUGAGAUCCUGAAGAAGAGACAUUCUUCACCUUUCAACAGCAAAAACCUGACUGAGUGGAUGGACUGUAAAGAGAGAGAAAUCAGUAUCUUAAAGUCUUUCACCAACAUGAUGAAAAACACCAAGACUGUCCCAUCUCAGAAUCGUCUACAUGAGGAACUUCUCAAUGCAGAGCAUGGCCUGUGUUUUGUUUUCACCUCACUGGGGAAGGAUGAACCAUAUCUCUCAGCUUUAUCAAACUACCUGAAAGAAACAACCAAAACAGACGUUCACGUUUAUCAUACUUACAAUGUAGAGAAGGAACAAUGGUACCUUUCAAAAGAAGUAGCCAAUGAUAUGAGGAAGAAAGCAAAACUCUUCAGUGAUUUUGCAGAGGCCAACAAGGAGAACAAGAACAUGAAGUUCCUGACAGUGGGUUUAACUCAUGAGACACAGAAAGGUUCCAGCAUCUACCUUUAUGAAGGUGGAUUUCCUGUCAGUGAGAACUUUGAGCCUCCUUCAAAGCCUGAAACUGUGACAGCAGCUGACAGAAACCACAACAGUGUGACACUGAAGAUUUCUCCACCCAGAUUUGGAGCAGUGAACAUCACCUCCUACUCUGUUGAGUACUGUGUCAGUGGAGAGGAUGGAUGGCAGCAAAAGACAGAAGCAAAGGCUGAAGAAGUCACAGUGAGAGAUCUGAAGCCAAACACAGAGUAUGUGUUCAGAUGCAGAGCAGUGACCUCAGCAGGUGUCGGGCCGGAUAAUCAAGUUUCUAUUAAAACAACUUCAAGUUUGACACUGACAAAGGAGGUCCUCAGAUAA